AUGAAGGAUGAACAUAAUAUUAAAUUCACUGCUCAAGAUUUAUAUGACAAGAAAGCAGACAAAACAGAGCUUCAAACAUUAAAGACAGAAAUGCUUCAAACAUUAUAUCCUAUAGGCUCUAUUUAUACGUCAAUGAACUCUACCAGACCAGAAGUAGUACUUGGUUUUGGAACUUGGACUCAAAUAGUCGACAGGUUUUUGUAUUGUGCAAACUCUUCAAAGGAAACAGGUGGAAGUAAAACGAUUUCAGGUGAAAAUUUACCUGCGCACAGUCACUACAUAGAUUUAAGUACAUCUCAAGCAGGUUGGCAUAAGCAUAGAUAUUGGGAUUGGUCAGCAAUGACAAAAGGUAAAGGAUAUGAUGUUAAAGACAACGUUAAGUUUGCUAUAGAUUGUUACUGGAGUAACACUGAGGGAGGAGGAAACCAUACACAUCGCGUUUCGGGAUAUACGCAAACAACGGGACAAAGUAAAGACUACAUGCCACCUUACAUGACAGUUUACGCAUGGUAUAGAAUUGCUUAG